AUGGCAAAUUCAACCUUCAACAGCAACAGCACCAACAGGUGCAACAGCAAUAUCACAAUUACAUCACCAACAGCAGUUAAUGGUACAACUGCUGUUGUUGGAUCUAUACCAACAUCAUGUUCAUAUAUUGGACAACAGCAUACAAUUAAUCAUCAGCCUCAUCAUCAUUAUCAACAUCAUAAUCAUCAACAGCAACAGCAAUCAAUUAGAUAUGCAACAACUGGACAACAUCAUACAAUAUGCGGUUGUACACCAACAUUUUUAAAUGUCAAUGAAUCAUCCCCAACAGCAACAGCAAAUUACACAACAGCCACCCAAUUAUAUAAAAAUCAAUCAAUUUAG